AUGAGUUAAGAUAAUAUCUUUUUAAAGCAUUCGCAAUAAGGAUUAAGAUAAAAACAGCAAAUAACAUAAAAAUAAACAAGAACAGCUUUUAAUGCAUAUUAAAAUUUAUUUUAUUCAUUCUAAAACUUAACACUUCCAAAAAGUAAUUUAAAAGAUAAUCUCAAUAAAAAAUAACCCUAACCAAAAUUUAAGUUGGAAAAAUAUGUAAAAACCUAAAAGCAAUAGAAUCUUUUUGGGAGAUUUGUUUCUCAGAUUGUCUUUAGAAAUAUUAUGGUGUUUUUAUCUACACAAGACCUCAUGUAAUUAAGGCUUGUGAGCAUUUUAACAAAUCAUUUAAUAGAAGCAAAUAUAGAAUUUCUAUAUUAUAUUAAAAUACAAAGAUAGAAUUAUGUAAAAUCCCUCAAUAUUCAAGACUUUUAGCAACCUGUAAUUCCAAGUUUAAAUAAUAUUUUAAAAUAAUUGAGGAAACUGAUGUCGAUAAAUGGAAGCAUUUCUCAAAUUCCCUCCCAACAGAUAUCUUAAUUCACCUUACUUGCUGAUUUAUAUAUGGCAACUAAAUCUUAAGAAUAAAAAUAAAAACAAUAUGUGACAAAAUAUGAUAUCUUGUAAACUGUUAUCUGCCUUCAGUAUCAACCUUUGGAUUGGUAUGGCUUACUUGAAAAAGAAAGAAGAUUGAUUAGGAAUUACAUGUCAAAAAAUAGGAAUUAAAAGAAUUACAUAAAUUCAAAAGAGAAUAUAGCCUUAACAAAAUAUAUAAAGAAUCUAUACGAUUUUACAACACAAUCAGAUUAUAAAUUAAUUUGUGAUGCAUAUAACAAAGAAAAAAUAGUUCUAAAUCUAUAAUAAUAAUAAAUAUUUUUACAUAAUUUACUCACAAAAUAAAGAUCAAAAUUAAAUUAAUUAGAAAAUAUUUCAAACUUAGGAACUUUAUUUUUUAAAGGUAUAUUAUCAUAUUGCUCAUUGAAAGACAUCUAAAAUACAAGAUAUGUUUGUAAGAAGUUUAAUCAAGAAUUUGAAUAAAAUUCAAAUUUUUAUUACCAUAUUUAAGUAUAAAGAGUUUAAAAAUAAAUCAAAACAAUAGAAAAUAAUUUUAAUUUAUGUUCAAAAUAGGAUGAGCUUUUAUCUAAAACCAAAGAAUAAAAUAGUUUGAUGGAAUUAUUUUAUUGUAUUUAAAAUUAGGUAAAAUUAGAAAAUAAUAUAAGAACUCAAGACUUUUUAUGUAUUAAUAGUUAAGAGAUUGUUGAUGCUAUUUUUAAAUCUGAAAUUGAUCAUGAGAUUUAUUCAAGAACUAGAGAGAAUGGAUCUUUUAGUGGAAAGUAAUUAUAAAACCCUUUUCAUGAAAUUAGAGACAGCUUAACAGAAUGCUUGAUGGACUAUUAUUUUAAACUACCUCAGCUUUAGAAAAAACUGGAAUUUAUAUUGCAUCUUUACCAUGAAACAGAAAUUAGAAUUUGA